UUUACACAAGUCAAACAAUAGGAAUAGGGUGUAACGAUUUUGUUACUACGAUUCAUGAAUGAAAGAUUGAAAUAAAUUAAUAAAAGUGACUACUAAUUAGUAAAGAUGAAUACUCUCGACAAGCAGUUAGCGGAUCUAAGGAUCUAUGCGAAUGAAUUGGAUGCCAAAUUACAAGACGAUAUAAAUGCAGCAAAGAUGAAACCAUCCAUCCCACCGAAGAAAACCAAGCCUCCGCUACCGCAAAUACCCCAAAGUUAUUCUGUAAAAUCAGCCUGUGAGCCAUCGUACUCUUCAAGACUUGAAUACGGAAGCCGAACUAGUUCCACAUAUUCGAAUUUGGUGCCAGUAAAGAGUUUUAUCGUUAGGAACAAUACAGCAAGAGCGCGGAGUGGAGAUGUGUUCUUGUACAGCAACUUACUGCCACCAGGAGGCACCAACCACGUGUAUUCUAACAUUCCGAUGCAACGCAACGCCGCUGAAAGUAUCUACGGCGGUGGCGGUGGAGAUACAAGAUCAGAAGUUUCUAGAAUGAGUGAUUUGGGUGCCCAAUCAAACUACAGUGAGUUGCGACGACCCGGCUCCGCUUAUCCGCCUUCCUCGGCGUCUGUCAACGCUCAAGACUUCUCCACAUAUGGUGGCUCUCAAACGUCUUCAACUUAUGAGUCCUUGUAUGAACCCAUCAACCCUAGGCCUUGUAGUCAGCUCUCAGGAACAUCCUUGUAUGGUGGCUACGUGGGGACAACAACAGAGCCAACUCCUGAACCCGAUGAGGAGCUGUACUGCGGGAACUGCUACAGAUGUGGGGAAAAGAUCAUGGGUGAAACCACUGGGUGUACUGCUAUGGAGAGAAUUUACCAUAUUAAAUGUUUCUGUUGCCAGCAGUGUGGUAUAAACUUGCAGGGGCGUCCAUUCUAUGCAGUGCAGGGUCGUGCCCUUUGUGAGAGAGAUUAUCUUGACACACUUGAAAAGUGCUGCGUCUGCGGAGAUCCUAUCCUGGACCGCAUACUGAGGGCCACUGGCAAGCCAUAUCACCCCCGAUGCUUUACUUGUGUUGUAUGCCAAAAGAGCCUAGAUGGCAUACCAUUUACUGUGGAUGCUGUGAACCGUAUUCAUUGUAUUGAAGACUUCCAUAAAAGAUACGCGCCUCGCUGCGCUCGGUGUCGGGAGCCGAUCGUUCCCGAAGGCGGCGCCGAGGAGACCGUUCGGAUCGUGGCGCUCGACAAGAGCUUCCACAUCGCGUGCUACGCCUGCGAGGACUGCGGCGCCUCGCUUUGCUCGCGGCAGGAGGGCCGCGGCUGCUACCCGCUCGACAACCACUUGUACUGCAAGGAGUGCAACGCGCGCCGCAUACAGGACCUCUCGAGGAACAUCAACUGAACACUAUCCGGGCCUUUUUAAGGCGAGAAUAAGUAGGCACUAAGCGCUUUCACAUUCAGGCGAUUUAGCAGCGCGUCUGUCGCGCGUUUGUCGCGCUGCCGAAAAUUUCAUACUAUGUGAUAGCAGAUGCAUGCCUUCACAUUAUAAAAACGCCACUGCCGCGCUUCUAACGCCCUAAUGUGAAAGCGCUCUUAGGCGACUUUAGCAGCGCGAGAGACACGCUGACGAUAAUUUCAUACUACUUAUAUGCCGCGCUGCUGUCGCGCUUCUUACCCUAAUGUGGCGGCCUUACAGGGCAGAUAUGUACCAUCCUAGACUACAUCUCACUUAACAUCAGGUGCGAUUGCGGUCAAAUACCUGCCUUGUCUCACAUUAAAAAAAACUAAUGCCCUCAUUCGUAACAACAGCCCCUUAACACUGGUUCAGGAUACUCCUCACAGCAAAACGACAUUUGAUAAUGUAUAGAUCGUUCAUCCACGAAGACGCGCCCCACCAAUUUUUGGUCGAGGAAAGCGCGGGGUGCGAGAAGUUUGACCCGAUCGUCAUUAUCAUUAUAGUGUGCGUGUGCAGUUAGCGUGUACCGAUAACACUCAAACAUUAGCGGAAGAAUGGUGGGGCGCAUGUUCGUGGACGGAACGAUCUAUGUAUUUAUUUGACUAGAACUGUGCACUAUUGCAAUGCAGGCAGCUUAAAUAAAUAAAUGACACCUCAAUACAUACCUUCUCUUGAUAUAGGGCACUAGGCAAUUAACAUCAUGAUGCAAUCCUUAUUAUUAUACCUAAAAGUUACUCUUAUUAUACAUAAGGUAUUUGUUAAGUGAAAUUAAAACCAUAGCAAGGAUUUACCAGACUUCUUGUCUACCUACAAGAUUCAUUGUUUAUAACCUGCCAAUUUUAUAUCUCCUUUCAUGAAAGUAAAAUUAAUUUUCUAAUACCUACAUGCCUCAAAUGUAUUACAUUUUCAUUGACUUAGAUGUCUUGCAUAAAAACAAAAAAAUGUUCCUGCAAGUAGGUAAAUGUCGAAUUGUGCCACUGUACAGAAAGAACACGGUAAAGAAAGAAAUCAUAUUUACAAUAUUAACUAUUUAAAAUCCAGCUUCAUAAGGUGCUUGCUUUAUAUUUCUAGCAGAUAAGACAUAAGUAAAGGGAUUGAUAUUUUGUGAUUUAUAAAUUAGUUUAAUGUAAUUAAUUUAAAAAUAACAUUCCUUAACACAUUUUGAAUCUUAAGUGUGGCUGUGUAGAUCUGAUUGUCGUGUGAAUAUGCAGUAUUAGUGUAAAGAAACAAUAUUGUGAUUAUAUUUUUUAGGUUUGGUAGAAUUUGAUGUUACUAUAAUAAUGUAAAUAAAGCUGUAAUGCUUAUUAUUAUAAAGUUUAAACUUGUAAUUAAAUAUGUAAGUCAUACAUAAUGUUGGCCUCUGUUAUGAGUCAUUGUCAUGUAAAUCUUCAUUGUAUGAGUCAUAUUUGCACACUAAUCUACUCAUAGUUUAAAGCUACUUACGUUACAUUCCUGUGGUUGAGGGAGAAGGUUGUAAUUGUGUUGUAAUGUUGAAAGAAUGCACGCACAUGUUUUAUGUUGUCUGCAAAUACAUAUACAUACUUAAUACUGCUGGAGACCAAAAUUUUAUUGUGUAAGGUGUUACACAUUAUAUUUUAUACGUUUUUUGUUUGACUAUACAUAUAGUGCCAUGUUAUAUUAUGGAAAAUCUGUACCUAAAAUAUUAGGUUGUGUUAUUUUAUACAUUUACUCAUUGUAAUUAGAUUGUUGUACUUAAUUAUUAUUAGAUUUUCUAUAUGAUUAGUGAUUAAGAAUACUAUUGAAUCCUAUAAUAUUAGUGUUACUGUGUUGGAUAUAAUGGCAAACACUAUCAAGUAUUAAAUAUGCUUAAGGAUCAAAAAGCAUCCUGGCCAAUGAUAGAUUUUUAGAUUUUUUAGCUAUAAAGUUGUAUCAUUUUAUGGUUCACAUUAAAUCAUAAAAUUUACAUGUGUAUAA